UUCUAACAAUCGCAAAUCUCGGAUGUUUAGUACACGCCUAUACGCACACGAGCAGAUUUUGCAUACUCGCCAAAAUGGGGAGGAGUAUAUCUCGGUCGCCGUCGUACUCUAGGAGGAGAUAUUCUCGGUCACGGUCGCCGGUCAAUCACCGCCACGGCAGCCAUAGAAGCCGGCGGGACCAUAGCCGCUCACCUUACUCAAGCAGGCGAAGAAGUCGUUCAGGGACACCUCGCCAUCGCAGAAGUCGCUCACCAGCUUCAAGACAUAGAAGAAGCCGUUCUCCAACACCCAAAAGGCAUAGGAGACGACGGAGUCCAAGUACCUAUGAUUCUCCUUCACCUAAGUCUCGUAGUCCUAGUAUUGCAUCAGCUGAGCGUAAAAGUGCUGCGGAAAAAUUAAAAAAGGAGGAGGAAGAAAAGAAAAGACUUCAACAAGAGGCAGAGCUUAAGCAAUUAGAAGAGGAGACUGCAAAGAGAUUGGAGGAAGAAAUAAGGAGAAGGGUUGAGGAAAAGUUGGCUUCUGAUGAAGUUAAACAAGAAAUAGAGAAACGAGUGGAAGAAGGUCAGAGAAAACUAUUUGAAGAUGUUGAAGCUCAACUUCAAAAAGAAAAAGAAGCUGCUCUUAAUGAGGCAAGGCUAAAAGAAGAGCAAGCAAGGAAAGAGAGAGAUGAACUGGACAAAAUGCUUGAGGAGAACCGUAGGAGAGUAGAAGAGGCUCAAAGAAGAGAAGCUCUAGAACUUCAGCGGAAAGAGGAAGAAAGACUUAGAGAGUUGGAGCUCAUCCAAAGACAGAGAGGAGGCUGGCUAAGAGGAGAGAAGCUCUAAAGCUGGAGCCCUAGGAGGGGAAUGAGUCUGACACAGAAGAAAAGAACCACAAUACAAUGAUAAAGGAGCAUCCAUCCUAGGUUAAAUUAUCCCGUAUAAGCUAGGUUAAAAUUGAUUAGUCUAUACAUUUAUGUACUAGAAGUGUAUCUUUUUAUUUAAUUGCAUUGAUCAAUCUUGUCAAUUUUGCAAUCCACUCUACUUAAAAUGCCCCAAUUUAGUAA